GUUGGAAAAACUAUUUGAGAUGAUUAGUUGCAUGACACCCAUUUGUAUGCAUCAGCAAAAGCAAUAUUUAAAAUAUAUUAUCAUUAUAUUUAUAUAUGCCAACUUUUAUUUACAUGAGUUUAUUUAGUUGAAUAAAUCAAGAAGACAAUUGUGAGAAAGAGUUUCAGAAAAUUGAGGCAUAUCUGAAUUCUGAAUCUCUUCAUCAAUGGCUGCAACUAAACAAGUUCAGUGUUUGAUGCGAAGAGUUUGCAACGGAAGAAGUAGAACUUUUGGGGUUGCCGCACAACCCAAUGCUUCUUCCUCUUCUCAGACAAUUAUCGAUAAGGAAUUUCAGCAUAGUGCCCACAAUUACCAUCCACUUCCAAUUGUAUUUGCUCAUGCAAAAGGAUCGGCUGUGUGGGAUCCAGAGGGAAACAAGUAUAUUGAUUUUCUAUCUGGUUACUCUGCAGUUAAUCAGGGGCAUUGCCAUCCUAAAAUUUUGAAAGCAUUAAAAGACCAGGCAGAAAAGCUGACCGUGAGCUCUCGGGCCUUCUACAAUGAUCGUUUUCCGGUCUUUGCUGAGUAUUUGACAGCCUUGUUUGGUUAUGAUAUGGUGCUUCCUAUGAAUACUGGUGCUGAAGGUGUGGAAACAGCUCUGAAAUUAGCAAGAAAGUGGGGUUACGAAAAGAAAAAGAUUCCCAACAACGAGGCUCUUAUUGUCUCAUGCUGUGGCUGUUUCAAUGGUCGUACGUUGGGAGUCAUAUCAAUGAGUUGUGACAAUGAAGCUACCCGCGGUUUUGGUCCUUUAAUGCCAGGCCAUCUUAAAGUUGAUUUUGGUGAUGCAGAAGCUGUCGAGAAAAUUUUCAAAGAAAACGGAAACCGCAUUGCUGCAUUCAUUUUAGAACCUAUCCAAGGAGAAGCUGGGGUGAAAAUUCCCCCAGAAGGCUAUUUGAAAACUGUUAGAGAUCUUUGCUCCAAAUACAAUGUGUUGAUGAUUGCUGAUGAAAUACAAACUGGAUUAGCAAGAACAGGGAAAAUGCUGGCUUGUGAUUGGGAAGAUGUCCGUCCAGACAUAGUGGUAUUAGGAAAAGCAUUGGGCGGAGGAAUUAUACCAGUUAGUGCAGUUCUUGCAGACAAAGAAGUGAUGCUUUGUAUAAAACCUGGACAGCACGGAAGUACCUUUGGGGGAAAUCCAUUGGCCAGUGCAGUUGCCAUUGCCUCACUUGAAGUGAUCAAAGAAGAGAAACUUGCUGAGAGAUCUGCAAAAAUGGGAGAUGAACUUCUUGGUCUGCUGCAUAAGAUUCAUAAGCAAUAUCCAGACCACGUGAAGGAGGUGCGCGGACGAGGAUUGUUCAUUGGAGUGGAGCUUAACAGAGAAAAAUUGUCCCCUGUAUCGGGCUUCGAGUUAAGCGUAAAACUGAAAGAUAGAGGAGUUCUUGCCAAGGCAACACAUGACACAAUUAUUCGUUUCACUCCGCCACUUUGCAUAAGUGACGAUGAGAUCCGGCAAGGUUCUAAGGCACUGGCUGAUGUGCUUGAAAUUGAUCUACCAUUGUUAAAGAAGAUGAAGCCAAAAGAGGCUGCUCCUCUAGCUGGUCCUAGUGCAUGUGAUCGUUGUGGUCGAGUCGUGUAUGGUUAACCGGAUAAUGAUUGGUCUAUGAAUUUUAUGCAACUUGUAUUUUAUUUUUGUAUGGAAAAAGGAUAUCUCAUGGAUUCACAUAUGUUGUUUUAUACAUGAACCAAAAGAAACUAAUAAAACAUACCAUAUUAUAUUAUGAAAUGAAAUGAAAAAAUCAUUGUGACAGCGAGAUCACUUAUCUCCUGUGUUGUCCA